UCCGCUUCCGCGCCAUGUUGGAGUUUAUGUCAGGUGUUGUGAGGUAGAUCUAAAAUCAUGCAAAAAGUCUUAUCCUGUGUUUUAUAAUAUAUGCAGGCGUGAAGAUGACGAAUGCCUAUUCUUUUGACGGUUUACUGGUGUUCAGCGUCCUGGUCAUAUGCACGUGUGGCUACAUGAGGAGGGUGCCUCGCAUCAAGCAGUGGUUCCUCUCCGAGAAGAAAGGAUUCCUGGGGGUGUUCUAUAAAGCCUCUGUGAUAGGAACAAGACUCCACAUCCCUGUGGCACUGACAUGUAUUCUGAUGGCAGUCUAUUUAUUACUAUUUAAAUAAGCCACAUCUGGAGCAACAUGGAAGAAAUGCAUAAUAAUAUUAAGAAGUGGACCUUAAAAUAUUAUAGGAUUGUCCAUUCCAUGUUGACAGCUUGAAGAGAGUCUGCCAGAAAAGUGUAUGGACAAAGGAAAACCUUGUGAAACAAAAAAUGCCACGCAUUUAUUUAUUACUAUUCAGGUUUCAUGAACUAGCCUACUAGUAGUAUGGCUAUUGUUUUCUGAAUUUCAAGGUGAUAGUGGGUUGAAAGAGGUGAACAGCAUUUGAAGGGAGAAGACUAUACUGUCGCUAUCUAUUGAUGGACUGUGGGAAGAAAGUGGUUAAAAAAUGCAACAUGAAGAUGUAGUCAAAUGGUUGUUUAUUUUGAUAACUGUUAUUUAAAUAAAAAGUACAUAAUCAUAUACUUGCGGUUGUUAACAUGCAGGAAGGUAAGAAAAUCUGUAGAUAAGGUAAACACCAGCAUGGAAUCAGACUUUCCCCUUUCUUUCUGUUAGUCUCAAUAUGGACAUAAUGGGGAAGUGAAUGUAAAACUGAAAAUGAAGAAAAAUAUUAUAGAAAGAAUGACACCAAAUAAGACAUCUCUAUAUCACUUGUAUGCAUCAGUUUGUCAGUGAAAGUUUCCAUGAAAAAAAAAACAA